AUGGGUCUCUCAAUGAACAAUCAUCCAGCCACAAUAACACCACGACACUACAACAUCCACAAGCUAUUCCUUUUCUGCAACUACGUCCUAUUGGGUGCAGCUUCAAGCUGCAUCUUCCUCACACUCUCACUCCGCCUAAUCCCUUCUGUCUGUGGCUUCUUCUUGAUCCUUCUCCAUAUCUUCACCAUCGCUGGUGCUGUUUCUGGCUGUGCGGCUGUUGGUGCUAACCGUUGGUAUUCUGCUCAUAUGGUGGCGACUGUGUUAACUGCUAUUUUUCAGGGUUCGGUUUCGGUUCUUGUUUUUACGAGGACGGGUGAUUUUCUUGGUGAGCUCAAGUCUUAUGUUAGAGAGGAAGAUGGUUCUGUGAUUUUGAAGCUGGCUGGUGGACUUGCUAUUUUGAUCUUUUGCUUGGAGUGGGUUGUUUUGACUCUGGCGUUUUUCUUGAAGUAUUAUGCUUCUGUUGAAGGGGGGAAUAAUUCUAGGGCUAUUGUUUUGGGAAGUGCUAAGGUUCAACAGGAUGAGGAUUUGAAGGAUUGGCCAUGGCCUUUCCAGGUUUAA